CUCGCAGAUGCGAAGCCUGAAAUGACCUUAAUUACUAGUUAAGUCUCUGGUUGACUCUUCCCCUUUGCAAUUUUUUUUGUGUGAUCUCCUCACAACUGUGACACACAUUCAGCAGUAGAAGAGGAAGACACUACAGUAUGUCUAUAGGGCUGGAGUUGAUAGGCAUCUCUCUGUGCAUUUUGGGAUGGAUUAUUGCCAUUGUGGCGUGCGCCCUCCCCAUGUGGAGGGUGACGGCCUUCAUCGGCAGCAACAUUGUGACAGCUCAGAUCAUCUGGGAAGGCCUGUGGAUGACCUGCGUGGUCCAGAGCACAGGCCAGAUGCAGUGUAAGGUCUACGACUCCAUGCUUGCUCUCUCCCAAGACCUCCAAGCUGCCCGCGCCCUCACCGUCAUCUCCAUCCUGUUGGCCAUUCUGGCCGUGCUCAUCGGCAUCGCCGGGGCCAAGUGCACCAACUGCAUUGAUGACGAGGCAUCCAAGGCCAAGGUGAUGAUCAUCUCUGGGGUCUUCUUCAUUGUAUCCGGGGUCAUGCAGCUCAUUCCUGUCUCCUGGUCGGCCAACACCAUAAUCAGGGACUUCUACAACCCUUUAGUUACUGAUGCUCAGCGAAGGGAGCUGGGGGCCGCCCUGUACAUCGGCUGGGCAGCUUCUGCCCUUCUGGUUCUGGGUGGUGGGCUCCUCUGCUGUUCCUGUCCUCCCCGUGAGACCAGAUACAACCCUUCAAGAAUGGCUUACUCUGCCCCACGGUCUGCAGGUGGCCCAGGGUUAGAAAGGAAAGACUAUGUAUGAAUGAAGGUCAAAGAGGGAAAGACAUUACUGAAUCUCAAACCUGCUCUCGACACCAAACCGAGGGUGCACUGAAGCGCUCGAGGAAACAAGGAGACUCCACAAUGAAGGAUGUGUUUGAAUUUGCCUUUAAUGUUAAGUAUCUCUGAAUUAGGCUCUUUGUUUUUCAGAGACUGAAAAAUUAUAGAAAGGACAUUUGAAUGGAAUUUAUUUUUGCUUGUUUCAAAACAAAAAACACAAAAAAAGUCUUUUUUAUUGUCAUUGUUCUAUCACAUAUUUUUGAUACAGUCCGGCCCUCUUAAUGUUUACGACUGAAAUUUUUUUUAUAAAAACCUCCAUUACUGCUUCAUGUGUCGACUUCAUAAUAAGGCACCCCUGUGAACAAAAUGGAAGAACUGGAUGUAUUAAAUGGUACAACAGCGUUAUCGACAGAAUUACGUGUUGUAAAUACUGUAUUGUGAAUAUCGUUAAUCACCUGUAACAAUCAUGACUUAUGGUAACCGUAUUCAACACAGUGUGGUAAGGGUGGGGGCGGGAAAGUAGCAGAGGACUUUUAAUGUUUUACUGUGUGCACUGAGGCAGCACAAAAGCACCUGGGUCCAUCCACAUCAAUUAUUACCUUUGUGUCUUAUAUACCACUGCUGUACAUGUAUUUCACAAGUGUUUUUUAAAUAAACGUGACUUU